GUACUGAAGGAGAUAAUGGCUGACUGUAAUAUUGUAGCCAAGAAUCCUCAUCUCCUUCAUCUUUCUUUUCUUCUUUGUUUCUUGUUCGUCUCGAAAUUUCACCAUGUUUCCGGCCUGAAUUACUCAAACUAUAAUAGGAAAGUGACUAGCUUGAGGCUUGGAAGAAUUCAAAAACACUUGGAGAAGAUUAACAAGCCUCCUCUCAUCAAAAUUGAAAGCCCAGAUGGAGAUAUCAUAGAUUGUGUCCAUAAAAGAAAACAACCAGCUCUGGAUCAUCCUCUUCUAAAAAGUCACAAGAUUCAGAGAGUUCCGCCGGAGAUGCCGAAGGUGAAAAGGAUGAAACAGAAUGAGGCAAGUGUAAAGGGUGCUUCAAGGCAAUGGCAAACGUGGCAUAGGAAUGGGACGAGAUGUCCAAAGGGAACGGUUCCCAUACGACGGAGCUCGGUGCAUGAUGUUUUGAGAGCCAAGUCUUUGUUUCAUUUUGGCAAGAAACAACGUCGGCUCGUUGAUCCGGCUCGCCGCCGUGCCGAUGCGCCUGAUAUUGUUAGUGGCAACGGUCAUGAGCAUGCGAUUGCAUAUACGGGAACGACGCAAGAGUUCUAUGGGGCUAGGGCAACUAUAAACGUGUGGGAUCCAUCAAUUGAAGAGGUCAACGAGUUCAGUCUAUCACAGAUUUGGGUUCUUUCUGGAUCAUUGGACGGCCCUGAUCUCAACAGUAUCGAAGCUGGAUGGCAGGUCAGUCCAGAGCUUUAUGGUGACAGCAGACCGAGAUUGUUCACUUAUUGGACUACUGACUCCUAUCAAGCAACUGGAUGUUACAACCUUCUAUGCGCAGGCUUCGUUCAAACAAAUAGCAGAGUUGCCAUUGGGGCUUCUAUUUCUCCUAUUUCUCAAUAUGCUGCAAAUCAAUAUGACAUUACCAUCCUCAUUUGGAAGGACCCUAAGCUAGGCAAUUGGUGGAUCGGAUUUGGCGACAGCACAUUGAUAGGUUAUUGGCCAGCGGAGCUAUUCACUCACCUAGCAGACCAUGCAGCCAUGGUGGAAUGGGGCGGUGAAGUGGUGAACUCAAGGGCCAAGGGCCAGCACACCUCGACUCAGAUGGGUUCCGGUCAGUUUCCCGGAGACGGGUUUGGAAAAUCGAGCUAUUUCCGAAACCUAGAGGUGGUCGACGCGGAUAAUAGUUUGACUUCGGUUCGUGACAUAUCAACCCUAGCUGAGAACACAAACUGUUACAAUAUCAAGAGCUCGAAUAGCAAUGAAUGGGGCACAUUUUUUUACUACGGAGGGCCUGGGAAUAAUCCACGCUGCCCUUAGAUCAAUGAACCGUAUCUUAAUUAUAAAUUAAAAACUUAUUUUUUUUUUAAUUAUUGUACGUAGAG